AUGACCAUCUACUCAUUAUACAUAUUCGACCGUCACUGCGAAUGCGUCUACUAUCAAGACUGGCACAGAACCCGACCUGUCCGUGCACCUCCUCAAACCUCUUUCAAACCAGGUGUACAUCGACUCCCCCCUCCUCCCUCUACAACAUCUUCUCAACCCAAUGGGAAUGUAAACAGAGAAUCGAUUUUCUCAGAAAACGCUGCUGCUGCUGCUAAUCGCAAUUCUUUGGUAUCGAACGGUACCUCUACUUCACAAAGCAAUAAGUUGAGUUUACCGAAAGGAUUACCAUUUGACGAAGAAGCAAAGUUGGUUUAUGGGGUGAUAUUGAGUCUGAGGAAUAUGGUGAAGAAAUUAUCUGGAAGGGACGAAGCCUUCACAUCAUAUUCCACAUCAUCAUACAAACUCCAUCUCUUCGAGACACCAACAAAUUACAAAUUCAUUCUCUUAUCUGAUCCAUCCUCCGACUCGCUGCGGUUCGUACUCAGACAGCUAUACGUCGGUCCAUUCUUAGAGUAUGUAAUUAGGAACCCGCUGGUGAAGGUGGAUAGUAGAGAAGAAGGUGUGGAUAAUGAUCAGUUCCGUGCAGCUGUAGAUAGGCAUAUGAAAGGAUUAUCGAUGUUCAACUGA